AUUUAAUUUAAUUUAAGCCUACUCUAACUAAGAAAUACAUGCCUUUGUGUAUGGUUUUAGGUCAUUUGAUGAGUAAGAACAGAGAAGUAGGUGAGAUGGAGUGUCGUCCCUGUAGCACAUUGACUGCAGGUUGUCUGUCUGCAGCUGCUCAGAGGGUCAUGACUGCCUUGAGAGCUCAGUAUGCAGGCAGAAUAAGCAGGAGAGCACAAACAGUAGACUUUCUCAGCACAGUCCCCAGGCUGUCCCAAAAUCAGGGCACCUUCAACAAAACUGCAGUGCCACACACACAGACCAACAUACUUUACAAGGGAAGAGAGAGGCAAUUAUUAGAACACUCCCCAUUCACAGAGAAGUUCCUCUGUCAUCCUGACCUCCGGCAGUUACACAAUCAAGAUAACACAUUUAAUCAGUGCAGAGCAGAUAACCGUGGUAAUUGGAGGCAAAGGGAUUGUGGAGAUGAUGUCAGUCUGUCAGGAUUUAAUUCUGGUAAUAAUAUCCAAGGUCUCAGUAGAAGCCCUCCAGAGUUAGAUCUACAGGGAGAAGAGCUUUUCCAAAGGAAUGGCUUUGUUAGACGGGGAAGCCCACAGGCUGUCAUGGAAUUACCAGAGACAUGUAGUGAGAUCUUCAAUAGGAGCAAAAGAAUCCAGCUACUGGCUUGUAAUGAAGAGGAUUGUAAAGUAGAGGCAAUAACUCACACCCCUGCUGUAAAGAGACAGCGGUUUGCUAAUGUGCAAAUACCCAUCAUCACGUGUUUGAAACAGUUUGAGGAAGACUAUUCUGGGCAAAAGAACGAAGAUGUGAGAACAUAUAAAAACCUUGAUACGGUGCAGUUUUGCUGCUUUGAAGAGAAAACAAAAAUAACCGAAGAAGUAGAUCUGAAUUCUUACGCAGAAACAAGCGAGAAGCUUAAAUUUAAUUCAGUUUUGUUUGAGGGAGUCUUUAAAGAAAGUGGUGACAAAGUAUGUGAAACUGGACAGAAAGAAAUAGAAGAAUACUCAAGAUCUAAUUUGAAAGAGUCUUCAACAUCCAGAAAAGAGAGUCAGAAAACUAGCCUUCUCUUGGAUGACUCCUGUCAUGAUUCAGAUACAAAUAAAAUACCAACUAAUGAAGGUGAUCUGUUUGUUCAUCACAAUUUGGUUUCGCUUAGUGACCGUGUUCAGUACACAAAGGACAGAGAAAACGAAGCUGCGGUGGAGACAGGUCCAGCCGAAACGAAACAUGUCUGUCAUGAUGCUGGCGUUCAUCAGUCUGAUAUGAAAACCAAUCAGAUGGAAACCCAAAAGUGUAGCCUAGAGCCAGGGCACAUUGCAGCUACUAAAGCCACAGAAACACAUCAAGACAAGCAGAUCUUCUUACAGGUAGGUCAGAGGAGCUCUGGAGUAGAGCGUAUGCAUAAUGUGACCCUUCCAUCCAAGCAGUCUGCAAAGUGGAAGCCUCCUCAGUCAUUCCAAGGGACUCCUCAGAUCACAUUGUUGCAGAAGCCAUGCUCUAAACCAACCUCCAGCAUAAGUAGAGACAGCAAAGUUCAAAUUGUUUACAAGGCACUGCAGAGCAAAGCUAGAAGGCGAUCCAUAUACCCGCAGAAAAGUACUCAAAAUCAGGAAGAAAUGCCAGGACACACAACAAUCCCUUCGAUAGAAGGUAACCAACAGUCCAAUGUGGAAAUCCUCUCCCCCGUCCCUAAAGCUGUCCAACAGAGGCACUCUGCUUCAGAGGGGAACGAGCAGACACAUCUGGAGAGGGACUGGAACAGGGAUGGGGACAAGACCCCAUAUCCCACUAAACACGCUCUAGCACUAAUCUCUGACCCCCAAGUUUGUGAUGCCAGCCGUUUCUCACAGGAAGAGAGGAUGUGUGUGUUGGAGGAGACUGCAAGAGCAAGGGCACUGGUGGUUACGAUGGUUUAUCAGGAUGGAACCACACAGCUGGACCCUGAGCAGAAAUGUCCCCCUGCUGUAUGUGGAGUUUUGGUUUUGCUGAAGAAGAGUUUAGAUUCACUUGUUCUGGAGGAGACCAGAGCAGCUGAGGAGAGGUUGCUGUUUCUAAAACUGGACCAGAGACCUGCCUGGGCUCAGCAAAACCCACAACACAACCAGGAUCUAUUCACCAGAGAGCUGAUGUUAAAGAUGGUGUGUGGAACACAAAUAUUGGUGUGUUACAAAUCUAAAGACCUCCUCCGAACAGUGCUCAGGCAUUUCAGCAAGGAUCUGAGCUGGAAACAAGUGACUGGUUGUCAGGUUUUGGAUCCUCAGAUUGCUGCCUGGUUACUAGAUCCUGCUGAUUCUGCUCCCUGCUUUCAGAACCUUUUCAACAAGUACUGUACUCGUCCUACCACAAAUACACCUGCACAGACUGAGCCCAGACAUAAGACGGUAUCCCAUGUGAUCUUCAGCCUGUCACGACUACACAGGGUAAUGGUAGAACUUCGGAACAAGCUGGAGACGCAGGGUCUGUGGCAGCUCUACUUUUGCGUUGAACAGAAGAUGAUUCCAGUUUUAGCAGCUAUGGAGAGCCACAGGAUCCAUGUGGACAGAAAUGCCCUAAAGAAGACAUCGGAGAUGCUAGGGACUAAAAUGAAGCAGUUGGAGCAAGAGGCUCAUCAAAGUGCUGGUCAGAAGUUCCUGGUGUCCAGCAGUUCCCAGCUGCGACUGGUUCUGUUCGAGAAGCUUCGCCUGCAUGAACGCUGUGAGAAUAAGAAGCUCCCCAAAACCAUGCUCAAACAGCAGCAGUCCACCUCAGAGGCUGUGCUCUUAAAGCUCCAGGACCUGCACCCUCUUCCCAGAAUUGUUCUUGAAUACAGGCAGGUUCACAAGAUCAAGUCUACAUUUCUGGAUGGGAUUCUGUCUUGUAUGACAAAGACGUUCAUCUCCUCCACAUGGAAUCAGACAAGUACUGUCAGUGGUCGACUGUCUGCCAAACAUCCAAAUUUCCAGGCUCUGCCCAGGCAGCCAGUACGGAUCUCAAAGAGGCAGUGUGUCGAAGCCGCUACGGGGAAGGAGGCAGAGCUGGUAACGGUUCACCCUCGUACCAUGUUCAUACCACGAGAGGGCUGGACUUUCCUUUCUGCAGAUUUCUGCCAAGUGGAGUUGCGUCUGUUGGCUCAUCUGUCAUCUGACCCAGAGCUGUUGAGAAUCUUCCAAAACCCAGAAGCAGACGUUUUUAAUAUGCUUGCCUCUCAGUGGAAGGGUAUAAGUGAGGACAGUGUAAGUGCAGAAGACAGAGAGCACGCCAAGCGCAUUGUCUAUUCUGUGGUCUAUGGAGCUGGAAAGGAGCGUCUCUCUGGUAUUCUGGGUGUGAACGCUGAAGAGGCGAGUCAUUUUCAGGAAAGUUUUCUCCAGAAGUACAAACAGGUGCAGGCUUUUAUCCAGUGCACUGUCCAGCACUGCCACAAAUACGGUUACGUAAAGUCCAUAAUGGGUCGGCGCCGUUUCCUCCCUCAUAUCCAUUCAACAGAUUGGAGCAUCCGGAACCAGGCCGAGAGACAAGCAGUCAACUUUGUAGUGCAAGGUUCUGCUGCGGACCUCUGUAAAAUGGCCAUGAUACACAUCUGCUCACUUGUGGCCUCUUCCACCACUCUCACUGCCAGGCUGCUGGCUCAGAUCCAUGAUGAACUACUGUUUGAGGUGGAGGACUCGCAGAUGGAAGACUUUGCAGUGUUGGUGAAGGAAACAAUGGAGUCUCUCCAGCAUAUCAGCUGUCUUGGAGUCAGUCUUUCAGUUCCUCUGAAGGUCUCUGUCUCUACAGGACGAUCGUGGGGAUCCAUGUGUGAAGUCAAUUUCGCCCAUGCUGCUACCUCACACACCUCAAUUUGAGCCUGCUUUGAGGUUUCCCAGUGCCAGUGUGUGCUUCUCUGCUCAGCUCUCUGCCUCUUGAUCUUUUUCCCGGAUCGCUGACUGCCUUGUUGUCUCUCAUUUUCAUUGGCUCAUUUGGGGUUCUUUUUUUUGUCCUUUUUUUAAUUUCCCUGCCCCUCUUAUUUCUUUUCUCCUUCUCUAGGUCUUUCUCUGAGCUGAAAACCCAUCACCAUGGUAACUGGGCUGCUGCAGCUCCCGCUUCUUUUUCCUCGCUCGCUGUAUCUGGGGGCAACCGUAGGCGCCUAGACUGGAUCGCGCCAGUUUGUGUCUUUCUCUUCCUUUAGGCGUUUCACCAAAACUCGUUCCAUUUGUGUUCUGCGCUCUGGUUUCUGCCCAUCUCUUGUCCAGUUUCUUAUGUUAACAUCAAGCUGUUCAUUAAGCUUUCGGCCUAAUCACAAAUGUAGCUCUUUUCUUACAGAUUUUAGAAGUUAUUAAAGGUAUUAUUGUUUAUAUUUAAACAUCACAUUCUGAUCCCUCUCUUACUGCGGCUUCUUGAUAAUUACAGUACUGAUUUUAUUACCGCAAUAGAAGAUGAAAGCAAGAGCACAGAUUAGCACUGUGAUGGCAAGAGACCUGGUAUGUGGGCUAAUAUUAUAUUCAAUAAAAUGUCCUGUUUUA